CCGGCGCGGCCGGCGGCCCGCCCGCGCCGGCCCGCCGCCGGCGCCCUACCGCUUCCGUCCGUACACGGGACUGAGCACGUGGAACCCGACGUCAGCCAACCUGGGCGUGGCCGGCGGCGCGGAGGUGUUUGGGCCGAUGCUGGUGGCCGACCAGCCGUCGGUGGACGCGCUCGGCGGCUACGACGGCCUGAUGCAGGCGUGCAUCGGCGGCUACCAGGGCCACGUCAGCCACCGGCUGCAGGCCUGGGACUUUUCCGCCCAGCAGAUUCCCGACAUGACUGACGAGACCCGAAACCUGAUCUGCACCCGGUGCAAAGUGCACAACGACGCCACCGUGGACAUAUCGCAGGACGGUCGGCGGCUGGCCGCCAUCGUACCCGAGUCGCACCCCUCCACGGCCGUCUGCGUGUACAGCCUGGAGUGCCACCAGCUGGGGCUGCUGAUGUACCGCGUCUCGCUGGGCACCAACACCAUCUCCGUGAGCCUGUCGCCGCGCGGCCGGCACCUGGUGGUGGGCCUGGCCGCCCGGCGGAUGGUGGCGCUGCCCGCCGACAGCCAGGUGAUGGCCCAGAUAUACCGGCUGGACGAGACCACCUCACAGCUGGUGCUCACCAAAGACCUGCUGCUCAACAGCGGCGAGAUGCCCAGUCGGUACGUGUCCAUCAACUGCAUCCGCUGGCUGCCCGUGCCCGGCACCGGCCUCAUCUUCGGCACCAACCGCGGCAAGCUCGUCAUGCUCAAGUAGCGGGGCGGGGCGGAGAGGGCGGCUGACGGUCCGUGUGUGCACCGGGGCCGGGUCGGGCCGCCGGGGCCGGGAUACUGUCCUGGUGUCGCCGGCAGCGCGCCGGCCGGUCCCGACUGAGCCGGCCGCAGUGGCGGCGGUGGUGGCUCAGUGUCGGCCGCAGCUGAGGGUCGCAGUGGCUGCAGCUGAGGGCCGCUGCUGAGGGCCGCAGCUGAGGGCCGCAGUGGCCGCAGCUGAGGGCCGCGUGCCGCCGGGAGUCCGGCCGCGGCGGUACACCAGUACCGGUGUGGACGGGCCGCCGUUUAGUAGCUGAUUGACUGGGCUGUGAUGGCGCGCCAGCCGCCGUAGUGACUGCUCUCCCAGUCGGACAGAGGAGCGUGCAGCCGACUGACCGGCCGCCGGCGGCCGGGCUCCGGACGAGCCCGGCCGCCGGCGAGCCGUUUUAUGUCAUCGGACCAGUGCGGGGCCAGAGCGUGUAACCUCUCCUGUGGUCUGAUUUGUAUCAACAAUACACUGCACCCAUAUCGCU